ACUAAAAUGUUUCGCGCAAUUGUAUUUCUUAGCUUGCUGGUAAUUUCGAUGACUUACGAAAUUACUCCGAUUAUCAAAGAUGGUCUACCAGGUUUUACGAAUAUUACUACAGCACCCUUUCUCAAAAUUGGAGAAGGUUAUUAUUACAUUGAGACUAACUUGAAAAAGAACUGGUUUGAAGCACAUGAAACUUGCCGCCGUAUUGGAGCGGAGCUUAUAGCAUUUGAAACAAUUGAAGAAUGGAAACUAGUUAAUCAGUAUUUGGCGGAUAUGAAAAUGGACGAUGUGCUCUAUUGGACCUCUGGAAAUGAUUUAGCCAAUGAUGGACAACAUGUUUGGUUCUCAAAUGGUCUUAAUAUUACUUUGGAUGAGAUUUGGUAUCCAGGUGAACCAAAUAAUGGUGUUGGAGGUUCUGCACACUGUGAUGUAAUGUGCUUUUCUAACGGUGGUCCUACUGGAUUAAAUGAUACAUAUUGCUAUAAUAUGAUGCGAUACAUAUGUGAGGCACCUCAGCCCAAAACGGCGGCGUUUAUAGUAUGGUGAUGAAUAAUCAAAAUCUUUAAAAACUUCUUUAAAAACGUUUGGAGUACCUUAAUAUCGAAACAAUUGUAUUAACAUGCAAAAAUAAACAUCGAAAGAUGGAACAUUUAAUAAGAUUUAUCAAAUAAAUAAUCAAAAAUUUAAAAAUA